CAUUCUGACAAAAUGGAGGACGGUUAGACAAAUCUGUCAAAGAAAUGUCAAUAGUUUUGGUAUUUUAGCUUUCAAGUUGAAAUCGUAAAUAGUAUAUAUCUUGCGAUUACGUUAAAAUAAUCAGAUUCUUGCAAUUAUGGCAACCUCACCUAUGUCAGAAGUAGUUUACGCCAGGGAAGAGGGACAUGUCAUGUCAGACAAAGUUUCCCAGUUGGCUUCCUCAGUUUAUUCUGAAUUUGAAAAGAUGAUUAAGAAAUACGAUGAAGAUGUUGUUAAAGAACUCAUGCCUCUGGUCGUUGGUAUACUUGAAAGUCUAGAUCUUGCGUACUCAGAGAAACAAGAGGUAGAUGUUGAAAUUGAGUUGUUGAAAGAGGAUAAUGAACAACUUUUGACACAGUAUGAACGUGAAAAACAACUUCGAAAAUCAUUAGAUCAGAAAUACCUUGAGCUGGAGGAUGAGACAGAAGAAUACAAGAAAAAUUCGGAGGAGAAAGUCGAGAGCCUUGAAUCUAUAGUGAGAAUGCUGGAAUUAAAACAUAAAAAUGCUACUGAUCAUUUAAACCGACUGGAAGAGAAGGAAGCAGAUUCUAAGAAAGAAUACAAUAAAGUACAUGAACGUUAUACUGAGCUGAUGCGUACCCACAUGGACUACAUGGAGAGAGCCAAGAUGUUGAUGGGAAGUGAUCGCAUUGCAGAAAUGGCCAACAGUCCAAGAUCUAGUAUAGAUCGAGGGUCGCGGAAAAACAGUUAUAAUUACAGUAACUGGAAAUCCCCACAACCAUCACCUAUAGACAUGGGUGGUUUCCAACUCCCAAACUUGCGGCAAACAGGAAACAUGCACCUUUCAGGGACACCACUCAGCUCUACUAACAGCCCUCCAGACGCCAGUGCAUUUGAUAUGAUGUCACCGCGUAGUGGUAAAGACUCUAAUAUCAGUAUUAAAAGUGAACUGAGUGGGUCUGACACUCCAGAUAUAAAUUCAAACACUGGACGUAAUGUGGUAGUUACCACGGAAACAAGUGAUAAAGAACAGAAUACUGAUGCUGUUAUAGUCCGUGAAUUUGCUACUGCCACAAAAAGUAAACAGGUUAUAAGUUCUAGUCAGUCUGAGCCAGCUGUAACUGAAGUAAAGACAGUUGACAAAGAAAAUGAAAAUGACAAAGUAAAUGAAAAUGAUAAUGAAAAAUCUGUUAUGUCAGAUCAAAGUAGUAAAACUGAUUCAGAAAAAGAUAAAACUUGUGAUACAGAUGCUCAAACUAAAUCAGAACCGGAAAAUGUGCCAAAUGUCUCAGACAGUAGUGAUGCAUCUCAUCAAGUAGACACAAAGACAGUUACUGAAACCUUCAAUGAAGGUAGUUCUGAAUCUUCAGGUAUAAACAAUGUUGAAAGAGUAUCAGAAAAGGUUAUAGAAAAGAAAAGUAAAACUAAAAAAUUAGGGAAAGUAGACACUAAGAAACCUGCUCAGACUGAGAGAAAUGUCCUUGAAAUGCCUCAGUCACCUAUUUCACCAGUGUUUGACCAUGGAGACUUUUCUUAUGAGGAGGAUGUCAUGCCUGGUUUGGAUGAUACUAUUGCACACAUAGUGGCAACAACUCCUGAGCUAGAUGAGAUGGAAGAAUCUAUGGACAGCAGUGGUAGCAUGAAUAAUAACAGAACUCCAAAGAGAAAUGAUGCCUCUAUAUAUGAUGAACUUACAAUACAAGAUGCUGACCUUAUAGGUGAUGUAGAUUAUGGUGCUGAUAUUACAGGAAGGGCAGUUAAUCCUGCUGAUUAUGCAUCUUCAGACAGUGAAGAUGAGAAAGAUGAACGAGGAUCCAAUGUGAGUGACAACUUCUUUGGCAUGAGCAGAGAACUGGAGAAUCUAAUCCUCGAAAAUACAGAACUUUUAGCUACAAAGAAUGCCUUAAACAUCGUGAAAGAUGAUCUAAUUGCCAAGGUGGAUGAGCUGUCUAGUGAGCAAGAAAUCUUGAAGGGAGAGAUAACAUCUCUGAAGGCAGUAAAGGACAAAUUACAGGGUAGAAUAAAAGAUCUAGAGGAGGAAGUAAAGAAAACAAAGGAAGAAUUAGAGAAGAAAUCACAGCAAGCACAAGAAGGAGAGACUGAGGACGAUGUACCGAUGGCACAGCGUAAACGUUUUACACGUGUAGAGAUGGCGCGUGUAUUGAUGGAGCGUAACCAAUACAAGGAGAGACUUAUGGAGUUACAAGAGGCGGUGCGUUGGACAGAAAUGAUCCGGGCUUCCAGGGAACAUCCAGAAAUUGCUACAUCUAAGAAGAAGUCUUCCAUAUGGAACUUCUUCAGUAACCUGUUCAGCAGUUCUCCAGAUAAGCCAAAGAAAAAACCUCUUCCUGUUGCCAUGAUUAAGUACAAUGCCCCAACAACCAAUGUACAACCUGUAGGUGAUCCAAACCAGAAAAAUAGAGGAAAAUAUAACCUUGGUGAUAAGAACAAAGCUUAUGACUUCCUUCAAGAUGAUCUAAACAAAUCACUCGGUGAACCAAUUGUUACACAACCAGAUACCUCAGAAAAAGCAAAGAAGGAAAGAGAGAAGGAGAGAAAGGAGCAGUAUAAACAGGUUCGGGCUCAUGUCAAGAAGGAUGAUGGACGUAUGCAAGCAUAUGGAUGGAGUCUACCUGCCAAGUUUCAGCCACAGAUUCCAAGUUCGACUCCCGCACGAAGCGCAGUGCCUGUACCAGUGCCAGUGUAUUGUAGACCAUUACUGGAAGGUGAAUUUGGGUUAAAGAUAUGGUGUGCAGCUGGUGUAAACUUGACUGGUGGUAAAACAAAGGAUGGUGGCUCUAUUGUAGGGGCCAGUGUUUUCUACUCUAACCCUCCAGAGAUAGAAGAUAAAAAGGAGGGUGACAAUGAGGUGGAUAAACUAGAACAACAACUCAAGGAUCAUGAGAAUAAUAUAAAGAAAUCAGAUAAAGAACAGUUGUCUUCUUUUGUGUGGAUUUGUACGAGUUCUCACUCACAGAGUAAUGCUUCUGUCAUAGAUGCCAAUCAUCCUGGUGAAGUACUGGAGACAUUUAGAGUUUCUACAACACCUAUACUAUGUAUAGCUAGUGUUCCAGGAGCUCUGGAGUCAGAUUAUCCGGUAGAUGAGGAUAUAUUGAAGGCGGAGUCAUACCCUCAAUACCCAGAACCUGUACCCGAGGAUACCAGCAAGGAGAAUAAGGAAGGUGGCGAGGAUGCUGGGGUUGGUGGUAUAUCGUUUGUACAAUGUGCUACAGGAGGUGCUGGUAAAAGCAGUACAGCAUCACCUGUUGGUUCUGCACCAGGAUCUAGAGAUGCUUCACCAAGUCGUUCUAAUCUACCCGAGGCCGUCUCCGAAGUACUCUCUAAACAUGAAGGUGGUGGAAAAAGUAGGAGUUCCAGUAGUUUGAAUGACAAGAGGGCUUCUGUAGAUUCUUACAUACCCUCAAACAAGAGGGCCUCCCUCGAGUCUUUGUUUGGUAAAAGGUCAUCUAGAUGUUCCGAUGGUUCGGUAGAGAAAGAAGGCGGAUCAUUGCCGCACAGUGGUGAGGCUAGUCAUUUCCAUACUGGAACUCUUGAUAGAAUAGCCUUUGGAGAAACACUACAGCCUACAGUGUUUAAGGCCAAGGGAUCUCCGGUCUCUUCGUACAGCACCCCUGACACGAGCAGUGGUAAUCAUGAGCCGGCGAGUUUUUUGCGCGAGGCCUUCAGAGAGAUGGAUUUUCAUUUGUGUAAGAAAUCACCUCCAGUUCGAUCUCCGUGUAAUAGAUUAUGGAUUGGAACAGGAAAUGGUGUAUAUAAUCCUGUACCUUUGUCAGAAAACAACAAGCAGACGGUAUCUAUGGGGUCAUCAGGAGGUCGUCCUGGCGGUCUAGUGAGGGUGUAUACUGACACUAAGACAGAUGAUGUGAUGCCUGCAAGUUUUAUACCUUACUGUACAAUGGCCCAGGCCCAGCUAUCUUUCCAUGGUCACAGGGAUGCUGUGAAAUUCUUUGUUGCUGUGCCAGUGAAGCCAUGUGAAAGACAGGCAUCAAUUCUCACAGGAAAAAAGAGGAGAGGAAUGACCAAUGUGACAACAGAUGUUGACAAACCUGAGACAGAGGAACCAGGGGAACCAGGUGAACCAGGAUCUGAUGAUGGUUCCCGGCUUGUCAUUUCUGGCGGAGAGGGUUAUGUUGACUUUAGAAUAGGUGAUGGAGAUGAUGACAUUCUUCUAGGUGAUGCUGAGGAAAAGGAAGAGAAAUCAUCACUGAGUAAAGGGGAGAGAAGUCAUCUGAUAGUGUGGGAAGUUUCCUCCCCUGAAUGAAUAUAUUGACUGGAGUAACUUCCCUUUAAUGAUCAUACACCAUGGACAAUAUCAGUCUCACCAUCUUUGUAUGGCAGACAAUUAAUUUAUGUAUGGAGAUGAUUUAACAUGUGAUUUGUUAAAGAUCUGAUUAGAAGAAACAAAGUUUGGAUUGAAAUGAUUCUGACAAAUAGAAAUCGCAUCUAGAAACUGCCUGACUUCAUUUACUGCAAACUAUUCUAUAGAUGUUGUCUCCAAGUGUUCAAAUGCUUUUCAAUCAUGUUCAGCCUGGGAAAACCAAAUUAAAUGUCAAUAUUUAUUUAAAGCUUCAGCUGUAUUGUUUUAGAACACCGUGGAAAUAUCAUACACUGAUAAAGUUAUACAUCAUCAUAAAUGGCUAUAUGAUAAGGUCAUAUACCAGUACAUAUACAUUGCAUAACAAAAAUUAUGAAGUCAUAUGUUAUUUUAAGUCAUAACUCUUACUAAAGGCUGGUGGUAGAAUAGGUCUUGUAGAAAGGAGUGGGUGGGGUAUGACCAAUGUGAUACUAGAUUCAUCAGUUACUGUGUUCAUGUAUGUGUUUAUAAUCUCAUCAAUAAAUUGUGACUCACACUGCUUGUUCUACCGGGGGUUCGAUACAGGGUUGGGUUGGACAUGAACCAAUGGACACAAUUAUAUUGGAAUAUAUGAGGGUUAUCAAACAGUGUGAGUACCAAUUAGAGGGUUAAAUUGGCAUGUUAACAUAACAUGUUUACAUAGCAUAAUUAUUAUUUACAUUGUGUUUGUCGAAUAUUGUGACUCAUAGUUUAUUAAAAAAUUAAACUAUUGAUACUUCUAGGAUAUUAGAAGUGUAUAAUUUCAGUUUUAAAAUAUCUUACAUGAACAAACUAUAGAGCAUCAUUCUACUGCUCCUAAUUAUUAGAAUAAGUGUUACUAUGGUUAUAAACAUGUUGUCAAGGUAACUUAGUCCUUGAAAAUGGCAGAUGUUGGGAUUGGU